GGGCGCCUCUCCCAUGCUGGAGUCCAAAAGUCACUCCAGCGUUGGCGUGAAAUCAAGCACCAAGCAAAAGACCACCAUUUUCAGCACACUGGCCAGUGAGAAGUCCUUACCUGACCGUAAAAAGGAACAGCAAUGGAAACCUUCAAUGCACAGCAGUUUGAAUCCAAUCUCCUUUACAGGUCCACUGAUUGAGAAACCAGUUGGAAAAGAGAGCAUGCCUCAGACGCCUCCCUUUUCAGCAAUGUUUGACAGCAGUGGGUACAACCGAAACCUCUAUCAGUCCACAGAGGACAGCUGUGGGGGGUUAUACUACCAAGACAACAACCUUCUUUCAGGGUCUCUGGAAGCACUCAUCCAGCACUUGGUCCCAAAUGUGGAUUACUACCCAGAUAGGACAUACAUAUUUACCUUCUUGCUCAGUUCUCGGUUAUUUAUGCAUCCAUAUGAACUAAUGGCCAAAGUCUGCCAUUUAUGUGUUGAGCAUCAGAGACUAAGUGACCCGGAUAGUGACAAGAUCCAGAUAAGAAAAAUUGCACCCAAGAUCCUGCAACUUCUGACAGAAUGGACGGAAACAUUUCCUUAUGAUUUUCGGGAUGAGAGAAUGAUGCGGAACUUAAAAGAUCUGGCCCACCGGAUAGCCAGUGGGGAGGAGUCCUAUAGGAAGAAUGUUCAGCAGAUGAUCCAGUGCCUGAUCCGAAAGCUUGCUGCCCUCAGCCAGUAUGAGGAGGUCUUGGCAAAAAUCAGCUCCAAUGCUACAGAUCGGCUCACAGUUCUGAAGACCAAGCCACAGUCUAUACAAAGGGACAUCAUCACUGUCUGCAGUGACCCUUACACGUUGGCACAACAGCUGACUCACAUCGAGCUGGAGAGACUCAACUAUAUUGGGCCAGAAGAAUUUGUGCAAGCAUUUGUGCAGAAGGACCCUUUGGACAAUGACAAGAGUUGCUACAAUGAACGGAAGAAAACACGGAAUUUGGAAGCUUAUGUGGAGUGGUUUAAUCGCCUCAGCUACUUGGUUGCUACAGAAAUUUGCAUGCCUGUAAAGAAGAAGCACCGAGCAAGAAUGAUUGAGUAUUUCAUUGAUGUAGCUCGAGAGUGUUUUAACAUUGGCAACUUCAAUUCCUUGAUGGCAAUAAUCUCUGGCAUGAACAUGAGUCCAGUCUCUCGACUAAAAAAAACUUGGGCCAAAGUGAAGACUGCAAAGUUUGAUGUUCUUGAGCAUCAAAUGGACCCUUCAAGUAAUUUCUACAAUUAUCGAACAGCUCUGCGUGGGGCAGCACAGAGGUCUUUGACUGCUCAUAGUAGCAGGGAGAAGAUUGUGAUACCAUUCUUCAGUCUUUUAAUUAAAGAUAUUUAUUUUCUCAAUGAGGGCUGUGCCAACCGCCUUCCAAAUGGACAUGUCAACUUUGAGAAAUUUUGGGAGCUGGCUAAACAAGUGAGUGAAUUCAUGACUUGGAAACAAGUGGAGUGCCCAUUUGAGAGAGACAGGAAGAUCCUGCAGUAUCUUCUCACAAUGCCAGUCUUCAGUGAAGAUGCUCUCUACUUGGCUUCCUAUGAGAGUGAAGGACCUGAAAAUCAUAUAGAGAAAGACAGAUGGAAGUCCUUAAGGUCGACCCUUUUGGGUAGAGUUUAACGGAAUGCAACAUCCCUGGACUUUGGAAGGACUCAUCUUUGUUUUCUGGCUUCUUCAGAAAAGCCUGAAGUCCCUACAAGAAAGCCUCACUCAAGAGCAGCUGGAGGACUGGUUUCCCAAAGCGGACAGAUUGACUCUGAUUUUGUGAGACUGAA